AUGCCAGGAAAGGUAGUUCUCUGCACCGGAGCCAACCAGGGCUUAGGCUUCGCCGUUCUCCAGGUUGCUGGCCUGCGCCACCCGACGAACACCUAUAUCCUUUGCAGCCGCGAUCUUGACGCCGGCCAACAGGCCGUUCAGAAGCUCAAAGACCUCGGUGUAAUCGCCCAGAUCGAUCUUGUCAAGCUCGAUGUCACCAACGACCAACAUAUCUCUGCGGCCGUCGAGCAUGUCACCGAGACAUAUGGAAAAUUGGACGCCCUAAUCAAUAACGCCGGCAUAAUCCGUCUGCCCUCCAACGACGACAUCUCAGCAGCUCGUGCCGCAUACAACGAACUCUUCAAUGUCAACAUAACCUCCGUCGCACUACUUACGACCGCCUUCACGCCUCUCCUCUACAAAUCACCAAACCCCAAAGUAAUCAACAUCUCCUCCGGCCUGGGCAGUAUCCAGAACGCCCCGACCAAAAAGAAGGUGCGGGUCCCGUCGUACAGCACGAGUAAGACCGCGGUGAACGGUCUUACAGUGCAUAUGCAGGUUGCUGAGAAUGAUCGGGUUGAGGGUGAGGCGGCGAGUAGUGGGGAACCGAGGAUUCGGUAUUAUGCGUGUGCUCCUGGUCUCCUCAGGGCUGCUUUUAGCGGUUUCUGGGGGAAUGGGAGGGAUCCGGAGGAGGGGGCUGAGGUUGUUGUUCGGCUUCUUGCGGAUGAUACGGGGGAGUAUGAAGGAGGGACGUAUUGGGAGUUUGUGGAUGAUGAGAUGAAGGUUGUUCCGUGGUAG